AUGUUCCAAAUUCUGGCGCAUCGCCACACCACCGUGGGCACAGCCUGGAACCUCGGCCGCGCCGGCAGCAUCAUCACGCCGCCCUACUCCUGGGAUGCCGACCCAGCCUUCAGCGCGGAUGAGCUGGCGGCGGUGCUCACCGUGUUCAGGGGUGUCGCGGAGGACUUCAGCGGCUUUGACGUUGACAUCACCACCCAGGAAGACGGCCUGGCCAACCCCACGCUGCGCGUGGUGCUGGGCGGCACUGGCGACUGGAUCGGCUUUGGCGGCGGUGCCGGCGCGGCGUACGCAGGCGCGUACGUUAACACGACGUAUCAGCCUGUGUUUGUGUUCACGGGCGCGGGCAGCCUGUUUGUGCCCAAGCUGGCGUGGGAGUCGGCCUCACACUACAUCGGCCACGCCCUGGGCCUGCUGCACAAGGGCGUGCCUGGCAGGUCGAUGUACACUGGCCAGGGUGCCUGGGCGCCUAUCAUGGGGCUGCCAUUCUACAAGAAUGUCACACAGUGGAGCAAUGGGGACUACCCCAACGCCUCAAACACAGACGACGAGCUCGCCAUCAUCUCGGCUACCCUGCCUUUCCUGCCCAGCCCUACGGGGCCGGUCUCCAGCGCCGCGGCGCCGCUGCCCUUUUCCACUGGCCCCGAUCAGAUGUCACGCGGCGCGGCGUUCGCUGUCCUGUCACGCCCCACCAAGACACACUACUACUCGUUCCUCGCCCCCGUGGCAGGGAUCGCCAACAUCACUGCUGUGCCCGCACCUGCGUGGUGCGCGUCCUGGGGCAGCGUAGGCCAGGCGGACCUGGACAUCCGGCUGGACGUGCUGCGGGGUGACACCGGGCUGGUGGUGGCCACCAGCGACCCAGACGGCGCCCUCGACGCGUCCGUGGUGCUCAACGUGACGGCCGGCACCUACGUGGUCGCCGUGUCCGCUGUGGGAGCCGCGGCUGGCGGUUACAGCGAUUACGGCAGCCUCGGUGCAUACACCCUGACGGCUGCCUGGCCGGCGGCAGUGCUGCCGCCACCCAAGAAACAGCGCGCCCCGCGGAAGCCCGGGAAGUCUCCGCCCCCGACCUCGCCGGCGCCGGCGCUGCAGCAGGGCGGCGUGAACAGCACCCUCAGCCCGAGGCUGGUGAUCGUGCCCGGCAUCACCCUGUGCAACGUGCAGGGGGUGUCGUUCUAUGCGUGGCUGCGUGACCGCCUGCAACGCAAGCCGCCGCUGUACCUGGACGUGACUCUCAGAAAGAUGCCGGAUUGUGCCGGUGCACGCGAAAGCUACUGGAUCCCCUUCAUGCGGAACGAGCUGCGCUGUGCGGAGGACACCGUCAUUGUGGGCCACUCCAGUGGGGCCAUCGCCGCCAUGAGGUUUGCGCAGCGCUACAAGGUCGCAGGCAUCGUGCUGGUGGCGACGUACGAGACAAGCCUGGGCCUGGCGUCUGAAAAGCGCAGCGAGUACUUUGACACGCCCUGGGACUGGGAUGCCAUCAAGGCCAACGCCGGGUUCAUAAUCCAGUUUGCAUCUACUACCGACCCAUUUCUUGGGCUCAACCGCGGCCUCAAAGGCGGCUGGCAGGAGCAGAUGGAUGUGGCCAAGAAGCUCGACUCGGAGCUGCACAUAGUGGCCAGGGGUCACUUUCUGGGGCGCAAGUACCCCGAGAUAGCGGACGCUAUAGAAGCAAAGCUCAUGGGCUACAACCGGCGCUGA